UAUCAGAAAAAUUUUGUUUACAAUGAGUGGUGGCAGUGGCACAGAUUUUGAUGUGCAUCUAAUUGAUAUGGUACGUGCGAAUCCUGCACUUUGGGUGCGGGAUCUACGAAGCACUCCCUACGACCACACCAAGAAAAAGAAGACGGAAUUGUGGCGCAGCAUAGCCACUUCGCUCAAGGCCGAUGUCAACACUUGCAUAACGCGCUGGAAGCACCUGCAUGAAAAACUGUUAAGGGAAUUGCAGAAAGAGCAGGCAGGUGGCGUAGGCUCAGACUGGACGCUGUUACCAAAGAUGCGGUUCGUAGAACAGCAUCAAAAACAUCACAACACCGAACGACAACAACAAUCACACCCAUCCUCUCCAAUGCAAAAUGUGUCUGAAAGCUGGCGCUCACUAAAUCCGGAGCAGCUUAUCGAGGAGGUGCACGAUGAGGAUGACCCUCUACAGGAAGCAAUGGACGAGCAACGAGAUUUGGAGGCGAACGCAGCCCCCAUUGUAGUGCAGGAGGCAGCCGUUACGGCAGUCCCAAUUAUCUCAACACCUCAUGUCAGUGCAGAGCUAUUGAAGCGCAUUGAAUCGCUGCUAGAAGGUUUGGGCGCCACGAAUCGUAUUAAGGCAGAGAAACGCAUUGUUGCUUAUCUAUGUAAAUGCAAUUUACGCGCACUCAACGAUGAGCAAAUCGAUGAUAUAUUUAUUUAAGUAGUCAGAAGAAGCUCAUCCAUAGCAUAGUUCGAUUUUAAUUACUAGAAGUUUGUCAUAGCAAUUAAGUGGACGCACUGAUUUCGAUUUGCAUUACAUUUAGUUUUAAUUUAAGUAAAUGGUUGUCAACAUUUAAAUCAAACCAAUUAACUGGUAACGAUUUACAUAUAAAA